AUGUAUGAUAAUAGUAUUAAAUCAUCUUCAUCGUCGUUGUCGUCGGUGUCUCCUACCGCGAUGAGAUUCGUACUUAGACAGAGUCCACAGAAAUCUAGAGUUACCAACAACAAUAGUAAUAAUAUCAAUAACACUCUAAAUGAUCAUGGAAUAUCACGUACCAAUAACAAUAGUCACUAUCGCUCUGCUUUACCUUCAUCAUCAUCAUCAUCAGUUUCUUCUUCUCAUUCCUCUUCAAUGUUAAAUACGUCAAACAACUCUUCACUUCCUGAUUUCUCUGAUUUACAUCUAGAUGAUAGUGGUUUGUCUACCGAUGACAAUAGCAAUAGUCACUAUCACAAUAACCAUACCUCUACAGAUAUAGAUAGUAGUACCAACGAUAUCAAUAGCAAUAAUAAUAGUAAUAGUAAUAUAGUAGAUGUAGAUCGUGAUCCAAUACCUCAAUCUUCAAUUUCAUCGCAUUCAUUAUCACCAUCAUCGACCUCUACAAAUAGAACUCCGAAUAGACCGACAACCAAUAGAACUCCGAAUAGACUAUCUACACAAUCGCCAGCAACAUCAAUAUCAUCACCAAGAAGAUCAUCUUCAUCUUCAACAAACAAUUUAACUACAAAUACAAAUACACCAUCAAGAUUUACACAGACACAGAUACAACAAGAAGAAGAUGAUGAUAGUAGCGAAUUUCAAUUCCAGCAACAGCAACAACAACAGAAUAAUGAUUCAUUCGAUAGUAUUGAUCAGUUUGAAGAGAGAACCAACAAACUAUUACAUUUCAUUGAUGAAUAUAGUCAUGUAUAUAAUACCAACAACAACAACAAUCAAAACAGAAAUAAUAAUAUUCAAAACACCAAUUUAGUUAGUCCAACUAAUAUUUACAGAUAUCACAGUAAUAACAACAGUUAUUCUGAUACAUUUAAUAAUCAAAAUAAUAAUAAUCAUCAAAACAUUAAUAACAAUAACAAUAACGGUAAUAGUCAUAACAAUGUAAAUGUAUCCAAUAAUAAUAAUAAUCAAGAAUCAUCUAGAAUGAUGAGUAACAGUAGUAUCAACAUGAACAGUACGAUUGCAUCGAACAGAAAACAACAGCUCUCAACCAAUCUAAAUCUUAUAAGACAAGCUUUAGAAAGAGAAAUGAAUGUUCUAUAUAGUAAACUUCAACAACUAAACAGUAAUAAUAGCAACAAUAUUUUAAGACAAGAAAUAGAAAAUGAAAUCGAAUCAAAGAAAUUACAACUUUCACUUUUGGAACAAUCAUUGGAAUUACUACUCUAA